UAUUUUCAGAAAUAUAGAACAAAAAUUAAAUCGAAAGCGCAUCAAAAAAGUACGGAUUUAAUGAGUAAUAUACCUGUAGAUAAACUAGAAGAAUGGAAAGAUGAACAAUGGGAUGAAUUUUUGAAGGAUUCGGAAACAGAUUUUGAAAAAUUUAACGAUAGUAUGGGUAGUUUAACUAUAUCAUGGUUUGAGAAGAAAGAACUGGAAUGGGAGGGGUGGAUAAAAGCAAUGCGAAAUAGAUGGUCAUAUUAUAACAAACAUAUGGAUGAUUGUACACUUAAUGUAAUAAAAAAUUCUCUCAACUGGACAGAUUUCCAAUGGGAUAAAUGGAUUAGGAUGAUGAAAGCAAAAGGAACAAAACCAGUUGAUAGUUCAGGAGAUGAGUAUAUACUUGAUGCUUUUAAUAAAAAUAUAAAAUGGACAAAUGAACAAUGGAAAGAAUGGAUUAAGACACCGAUUAGAUUAGCUAUAGAAAAGGAUUGGGCGUAUUGGAUUGCUGAAGAUCAGUACAAACUAGAUAAUUGGAUCUUGGAAAAUUUUGAUAAAUGGCAAAAUAAAAGAAUAGGUGAAUGGAAAGAGAGAGGUUGGAAAUAUGAAGAAGAUAAAUAUUGGGAUGACUGGGAAACUAAAGGAAGAAGGGUUAAAUCGAAAAUGAUGAUAGAUAAAAAAAAUUGGAAGAUAUGGAAAGAAAGAAAAGAAAGAGAAGACACACAAUGGGAUAUGUGGAUAGAAAAAAAAAAGAAAGGAUAUCUUAGUAAAGAGAUUGUGGAAUGGACUAAAUGGAAAGCUCAAAAAGGUCAUAUGUUCAAGGUUUGGGUGGAUAACCUUAUUGACACAUGGAUAAGAGAAAAGCAAUGGAAUGUAUGGCUUCACAAGGAAAAAGAAGUAAUCAGAAAAAAAAUGUAUUAA